UCAACUGGGCAUAGAUGGUGUUGGGGGCCGGACGAACGCACUAACGCCAGCUCACGCUCACGCCGCGCUGUACUUUACCAUUAUAUUCACGCUCAGAUAGCUAACAAUAUGCCUGUAGAAAAAUGUUCAUCGGAGGCCUUAACUGGGAGACGACUGAUCAGUCUCUUAAAGACUACUUUUCUCAAUUUGGAGAAGUCGUGGAAUGCACUGUCAUGCGUGACGGCGCAACAGGCCGCUCUCGAGGUUUCGGUUUCCUCACCUUCAAGGACCCCAAGACGGUCAACACAGUCAUGGUCAAAGAACAUUCCCUCGACGGCAAACUUAUCGAUCCCAAGCGUGCUAUCCCUCGCGACGAACAGGAACGUACGGCAAAGAUCUUCGUUGGCGGUGUCUCACAGGAUGCGACAGAGCAGGAUUUCGAAGCCUUUUUCCAGAAGUUUGGUCGUGUGCUCGAUGCCACGCUCAUGAUGGACAAGGAUACCGGACGACCACGUGGUUUCGGAUUUGUGACGUUCGACAACGAAAUGGCUGUUGAGCGCACCCUCGAGGGUCCACUGGCCAUCCUUGGUAAGCCCAUCGAGGUUAAGCGCGCUCAGCCGCGUGGCAAGAUGGGCGAAGAAGAAGGCUCUGGCGGCCGCGGCGGUUUCGGUGGGCGUGGAGGACGUGGCGGUGGCGGCUUUGGCGGCGCUGGUCGUGGAGGAGGCGACGGUGGAUUCGGGGACAACAACCAGAUGGCCGGAGGUCCAGCUCAAUCCGAUGGAAACGCGAACCAGAUGACGCCUGCCAUGAUGGCACAAUACUGGCAACGCAUGCAGCAGUAUUUUGCUCAGAUGCAAGCUAUGCAGCAAGGAGGUGGCAUGAACCCCAUGAUGGGCGGCAUGAACCCGAUGAUGAUGCAGCAAAUGCAAGCUAUGCGUGCUGCUCAGCAAGGUGGCGGACAGAUGAAUCCGGCCAUGAUGCAGCAAAUGGCUGCCAUGCAGGGUGGUGGCGGCGGCGGCGGCUUUCCCAACUCACAGUCUCCCAUGAACGGCGGUAUGGGACGCGGCGGACCAGGCAGUGCCGGAGGAAACGGUAACGGCAACAACAACGGCGGUGGUCAGCAAGGUCAACAAGGUGGCUUCACCGCUCAAGAUCAACUCAUGUUCGAACAACAGAAAUAUGAACGCCAAACCAUGGCCCGCAUGCAAGGACAGAACUUCGGAGGCCAGAACACCUGGGAUGGAAUGUACGACGACGUCCCACCUCCGGACAACAUGAUGGGUCCCGGUGGCCACAACAACCGCGGCAACUUUGGCGGACGCGGAGGUCGCGGCGGAGGUCGUCAAGGUUCUGCUCAGCCUCCCAACGCUCCAGCCGGAGCUCCCACAGGUCCUAAGAACCCCGGAAAGCCCGGCGGAAACUACCGCGGCGGUGGUCGCGGAGGCCGCGGUGGAGGCUUUCAUCCAUAUGCGCGAGGCGGGGCCUAGGAGGUUCCGAUUUCUUUCGAGGAGGAUGCGAGUGGGCGUAGAAAGCCUGCGAUCACUACUCACGCUGCUGUCACUACUGACCGAGUCUUGCCUGGGUUGGUUUUCAGACCCAAGACGAACUUUGCCACGGGAGUGAAUGCUAUGCAGCAGCAGCAGAAGAAGAUUGGGGUGUUGAAGGGUGGGGGCGGUAUCUCCAAGCCCUAUCGGCGCACUAAGAAAUUCGAUCUGGACAGACAGAAGAAAGGCGCUAUGGAGGAGAUGGUGGGGCUGGACUAUGAUGAUGCGGAUUCGGUCAUGGAGGAAUAGGGUCUUCGAUUGCCCUAUCACCUCUGCGAAAUUGGUCAGGCGUUGCGGCUGCGGCGACUCGAUCUGAUCUGAUCACCUGCAACAAAUCCGCGGCUCUUUCUUCAUCAAUGCUUGAUGGAAAGAUGACUGGAGCAAGGUCCCGAAAAAGAAAAGAAAACUGGCGUUUCUUACUUCACAUGGCAUGACUCGGCUG